AAAGCGAGAAUGCAGGUUCAUCACGUGCGUUUUUUGGGACAGGAUAGAUCGGCGGAACUCUGGUGUCACCGAGGACGUAAUCAGUGAGGAUUAUGAAGGACCGCAGGGAUCGGUUCUACGGAAUUUGCAAGAGCAGAAAAGGGCGAUAAACACGUUGAGAAAACUGACCGAGAUCCUGAAGCCCGACCAACAGCAGAUCGUCACAACCAGGAAACGUACGUGUCGCCUCCGGCUGGGCGGCCAUUGCCUUACAGAGGAGCUGGACAAAGCGGCAAAACAGUACGCUUACCUCAAGUCCGGGAAAUCCCCUGGCAGACGGCGAAGGGAAACAGGAAAUGCCGCCAUCUUGGAAAACCACGAUCGCUAUGAAUGACGUACUGCGCAUGUGUAGUCGUUAGGUACGGGUGACGCGACUAAUAAAAAGAUACUUACGUCUUAUUU